UUUCACAGAAAUGAAUGGCUGAUCACCGCGCAUCUCCUCUUCAACCUCUCAGUGGCAGAGAGGCUCCUCCCUGAAACCAAAUCAAGAUGUGAUAACAUUUAAAGAUACGACACAGAGCACUUCGAAACAGAUUUCAGCGGGGAGCUCACAUGAUCAAAGUUAUGAACCAGGAUGAGGACAGCGUCCUGUCAGUCAGUUGCGGCAAUGGCAAACUGAGACAGUGGCUGAUCGAUCAGAUCAACAGCAGGAGGUACCCUGGCCUUGUCUGGGAGAAUGAUGAAAAAACAAUUUUUCGGAUUCCAUGGAAACAUGCUGGGAAACAAGAUUAUAACAGAGACGAGGAUGCUGCGCUCUUCAAGGCAUGGGCACUGUUCAAAGGAAAAUAUAAGGAAGGUGUGGACAAGCCAGAUCCACCCACAUGGAAAACUCGACUGCGCUGUGCGCUCAACAAGAGCAACGACUUCGAUGAGCUGGUAGAAAGGAGCCAACUGGACAUCUCUGAUCCCUACAAAGUCUACAGAAUCAUCCCAGAGGAAGCCAAAAGAGGAAUGAAGAUGAGCAGUAUGGAGGAGACCCCAUCACACGUGAAUGCCCUUGGCUAUAUUCCUCAGUAUGCAUCUCUGCACAACCAGGUACCUGGCUACAUGGUUUCUCAGGACAGAAAGGAGUGGAGGGAUUACUCACAAGCAGAACAACAACCCCUUCCUCCUCCACAUCAUCACGUGCCACAUGCAGAACUACAGUACAGCCACUACCCGUCACCGCUCAGCCGUGCUUGGCCUGGGUCACACACAGAAAAUGGUUUCCAGCUCUCCUUCCACACCUACUUUGCAGAAUCGCAACCAGCUAUGUAUGCAAUGGACCACAACAAUGCAAUAACAGAUUUCAGCCUGCAUGUGUCCCUAUACUACAGAGAGUCUUUGGUAAAGGAAGUUACCACCACCAGCCCAGAAGGCUGUCGGAUCACCUCUUCAUCCUCCUCCUCCUCCUCGUCCUCCUCCUCUCCAUCCUCUUCCUCCCCCUCUUCCCCCUGCUCAGAGGACAAGUUUCACAGUGGGGCAGAAAUCAUCCUUUUCCCCUCCCCAUACCCCGAGUCUCAGAGGCAGGGUGCUGAGAUGCUUCCUAACGUGCUGGAAAGGGGGGUGCUUCUGUGGAUGAUGCCUGAUGGGUUGUAUGCUAAGCGCCUGUGCCAGGGACGAGUGUACUGGGAGGGACCUCUGGCUCCAUACAUGGAUAAACCCAACAAGCUGGAGAAGGAGCAACCAUGCAAACUGUUUGACACCGAGCAGUUCCUCAUCGAACUUCAAGAUUUUGCCCUUAACGGUCGACACCUGCCACGACACCAGGUGGUGCUGUGUUUCGGAGACGAGUAUCCUGACCCACAGCGGCCGAGGAAGAUGAUCACAGCACAGGUGGAGCCUGUGUUUGCCAGAAAACUGGUGUACUAUUACCAGCAGAACAACGGCCACUACCUGCGAGGCUACGACCACGUGCAGGAACAGACCACAUCUCCGUCAAUCGACUAUCCUCUGCAGAGACCCCUACAGCAUAUUCAGGAGUGACAAGCAUGCACGCACACACACGCAUGCGCGCACGCACACACGCACGCACGCACACAUACACACAAACUGUGGGGCAUGAAGGUGACUGUAAAUCGCUGACCGUUUGGCACGUCUCGUGUCUGUAGUGUUGCGUACUGUAAAUGGCAGAGACUGUCAUGCUAUUGUCUGAUGGAUUUGAGAUGGGGAAGACCCUAUUGUUUUCGUUUGCACACCUAUGUGUUCGCAGUCUUUUUCUUUUCUUUUUUUCCACUAAAAGUAUAUUGUGACAGCGUGAAGGAUGCGGUUUGAGGCGGUGGGGUGGGGUGGGGCAGCGGGCGACUGAGACAGGAAGCACUCGCACAGGUGCACAGGAAGAGUGGCCCCUAAAGACGAACAGUGGUGCGUCAAAGUAAUAAUGCUUUUUCACAGGUAACAGCUGACAAUGCCCUUGUCAUUAUCUAUCCGAGACACAGAGAGCUCAAGUCUCUGCAAAAAAGAAGUAUGUGAGAUAAAUCACAUGCUCUAGUAAAGGAACCUUCUACCACAAAUUGUUUACCCCUUGGCCGCUGCACAUAUAGCAUGAUGUUCUUACAAAAAUGUAUUCCUACUGAAGCUGAUCGACUUUAAAAAUAUGUGAUUCCUUUAAGAUUAUGUCAAACUAAUGAGACAGAAUCUGAAAAAAGCAGUUUGUGGGUUAUAGGCAAGGUAAAUUAACUAUUUUGAAUGUGGCGGAUAGACCCAAGCCCAUACGUCCUUUACGUCCUUUUUACAUUACAGCUUUCAAGCUGAAAGUUAAUCGCAGGUUUUAAAUUUUGAUUUCGAGCCAUUCAGGAUUUGUUUACACAUUAAGGCUUAUAAGCAUUAUAAAUGUAAGUAAACAAAAAGACUCGCCAUGAUGGGCGGUCGUGACCUGAUUGGACUGUAGGAAGUUAACUGGAAAAAAAUCUGACUCAUCCCGCAACUUGCACUGCAGCCAUACCUGUUCCUCCUGACCUGAAACUAGCGGCCUCGCCAAUGGGAAGGAAAACUACCUCUGUGGUGGUGUGUGUGCAGGUUUGGCCCGAGGGUAGCUCUCUGGUUCCCACGCCUGAGACCCGAAGGGAUGUAACGCCCACAAAGAGCCAUCCCAAGACCUCAACAGGACUGUGUUACCUACUUAAGAAUGUGUACACAACAUGAGAUGCAAAAUGCAAAGAUUGUAAUUACAUGUUGAAGUCCUGAAAACUGAUGCAGCAGGAGGGAAUACAGUUGUGUUGCGUUUCUCGUCUGUGGUCCAGAGUUUCGAUCUCUACAUUGACUUCCUUCACACUUAAACCACACCACUUUCACAAUGGCUUCAAAAGUAUGACCAAAAUCACAGGCGGGAAUGUGUGUGUGUUUGCAUGCGGGUGUGUGUAGUAAAGGGUAAUGUGUGCAUGUGUGUGUUGGUGGUAUUUCUGUUAUCAGAAAUUGACAUUUACAAACUAAAUGAUAAAACAUGUGACUCACCCGCCUGCAAUCAGUGACUCACACACACAAAGAAGGGAAAGAAAAGGGGUUUUUCUUUCCCAAGAACAAAAGCAAUAAUCAAAGAUAGAUUCACACAAAGCUGCCACAUGAACAGAUGAAUUUUCUUUUUAAAAUAAACAUAUCAAUCAUUUGCUA